AUGGGAUGUGUUGAAGGAACUAUAGACUGCGAGGGAGUUGAUGACCUGGAGGGAGUGGGUUGCGGUGUGGCAGGUGGUGUAGAGGAGUCGAACACUGGUGAUUUUGGUAGCAUAGAUGGGGCAGCAGUAGCAGCAGUUUCGGUUGCUGGUGAGGGAGCGAUUGGCGGACAAAAAAUGGGGAAGACGAUUAUGUGUUUUGGCAAAUUAUUGGACAGUUUGUGUCUCUCAAAUGGUGGUGCAAGUUCUUGUCUUUGUUGCAUUAAAAAUUUUGAAACCCAAGAUGAUUCUGAGUUUGAAACAGAACCACUUGUCGAUCAAUCCAAAGAUGCAUCGGAUAAACCUCAGACUCUUGCCUUCUUUCUAAAGCCAAAGAUGGUGGUGCUAAGGGUGUCCAUGCAUUGCAAUGGUUGUGCAAGGAAGGUACAAAGACACAUCGCCAAGAUGGAAGGAGUGACAUCCUACCAAGUGGACCUGGAAACCAAGAUGGUGAUCGUAAUGGGAGACAUUGUUCCAUUUGAGGUGUUGGAGAGUGUUUCGAAGGUCAAAAAUGCGCAACUUUGGACUGAACCCAUCUCAUGAUUUUUUGGAAUAGAAUAGUUGUAUUAAAAUCAAAUAUAUUUGAUCUAUUUGUGUAUGUAGAAUUUAAAACGAUGUCGUUAUAAAUGGCUUUUGGGUU